CGACCCCACCGUAUCCCACCGUCGCACCCUUCACUGCGCUCGCUUUCGCCCGCUUCCAUCCGCUCACCGCCCUCGCGAUGCCGUCGCCUGCCACGGCCACGGCCGCGGCCGCGGGAGCGCCUCUCCAUCGCCGCCCAUGCGCGCCGCGACGCCCCGCGCAGGCCUCUCCUUGCUCUCUCGCCGCCCGGGCGGUCGUCGAAUCCGCGCGCCACCCCGUCCCGACCCCGCUGCUCGCCCGCAGGCCCCGGCCGUCUCUGGCGGUGGCGAGGGCGGCGAGCCCCGACGCCGCCACCGGGGCGCGGUCUCCUGGCUCCGGCGGCCAGAUGCUGGUGUUCGUCCCGCCGCACCCGCUGAUCAAGCACUGGGUCUCCGUCCUGCGCAACGAGCAGACGCCCUGCGCCGUCUUCAGGAGUGCUAUGGCAGAGCUUGGUCGUCUGCUCAUAUAUGAAGCCUCCAGGGAUUGGCUGCCUACAAUCACAGGAGAGAUCCAAACACCCGUGGCUGUUUCAAGUGUUGAAUUUAUUGAUCCAAGGGAGCCUGUUAUGGUUGUUCCAAUUCUGAGAGCUGGUCUUGCUCUAGCUGAAAAUGCUUCAUCAAUUUUGCCAGCCACCAAGACUUAUCACCUCGGACUGCGUAGGGAUGAAGAAACACUUCAACCUUCAGUAUAUCUCAACAACUUGCCAGAAAAGAUUCCAGAGGGGACCCGUGUGCUAGUUAUUGAUCCAAUGCUGGCCACCGGUGGGACAAUCGUUGCUGCCGUUGAGUUGUUGGUUGACCGUGGAGUUACAAGCAAACAAAUUAAAGUUGUAUCAGCUGUUGCGGCACCUCCUGCGCUACAAAAGCUCAGCAACAAGUUCCCUGGGCUCCAUGUGUAUGCAGGGAUGAUCGACUCUGAAGUAGAUGAGAGAGGGUACAUAGUUCCAGGGUUGGGAGAUGCUGGUGAUAGAAGCUUUGCUACAUAAUCGGACUUCUCAUUUUUGACAGAUUGUUCUGCCAGCAAGAAUCGUAUAUGCUGUUUUCCUAAUGCCGUAUUGGAGUAACUGAGAUUGUAUUGCCUUAUUCCAGAAUUAUGUUCUUCUUGGUAUAUAUUUCCAUUUUUUUACCAUUCUGUAAUUGUCCAUUCUGUAUUUAUUUUUAUGUGAUUAUAAUGAAAUAUAUGAUCAACUCA